UGCCUUACAUGUUAUAAUGUCCUGUCUUGAUUGUUGAAGCUUUCAAAAUGUGGUUACUAUGUCUAGCCUACCUAUUUUUUUAUAUAAGCUCAGCUACACAGAACAAAGGCUGUUGUUCAGUAUGCUGAAUGCGUGUUUUAAAGAAAGACUUGGGAACACGCCCUUGCUGUCUUUCCUACCUGUAUGAAAGGGAAUGCUUUCAACUUCAUUUGAAUGCCCGCAAACUGCGACCAGACCAACGGACAGACUUGCGAAGUUAACCCUAUUUGUUAAUUUUUCGCUAAAGUUUCGAGUUUGUUACGUUGUCAAUUUGGUCAGACAGACGUUUUUAUAGCGCCUUCCCCAACAAGAAACUCACAGAGCCACAACACGUGCUGGUGGUUUUGCGUGACAGCUGCUGAGAGAAUAUUGGUAGUGAAGAUGACCCCUGUCAAGAGCUUUCAGAUUUGAGGUUGAUGCUUCCUCACCGGGCGCCCCCAGGGUCGCUUUCAAGCCUGACUGCCGACAGGUCGCCACCUCUGUCAGCCUCUUGAGUGAGCCGAUUGAUCGCCUCUAGCUCAACAACACCGUGCACGAGGUUCCGCUGCGUCUGCCAGCGGUCCCGCCAAGCAGCCUCUGCUUCGCCCAGAGCCCAGCUUCCUGGGCAGGACCGCAUCGCCAUGGACACAGAGUCCACCUACUCGGGCUAUUCCUACUACUCUGGCCGCUCCCGGGGAUCCCACAGGCAUGGGGAGCGAAGCCGGGACCGCCACAAGACCCGCAGUAAAGACAGCCGCUCAGAAAAGUCUGUUACAAUUAACACGCCGCCCGCCGAGCCGCUGCUGGGCGACUCAUCUGUUCGGGGUGAGCAGGUCCAGGAUGACAACUGGGGCGAGACCACAACAGCCGUCACGGGCACAUCGGAGCACAGCCUCUCUCAGGAGGACAUUGUUCGCAUCACCAAGGACUUGGAGGACAGCGUGGGGCUGGACUGCCGCCGCUACUUCACCCUGGCCCUGGCCGUGAUCCUCGGCCUGCUGGUGUUCCUGACGCCGCUGGCCUUCCUGGUGCUCCCCCACCUCCUCUGGCCGGAGAAGCUGCAGAGCUGCGGCACGGCCUGCGAAGGCCUCUUUAUCUCCGUGGCCUUCAAGCUGCUCAUACUGCUUCUGGCCGUCUGGGCGUUAUUCUUCAGGCCGCCGCGGGCCGGCCUCCCGCGGGUCUUUGUUUUCCGGGCGCUGCUCGCCGUUCUGGUGCUGCUCUUCGUGGUUUCCUAUUGGCUGUUCUACGGAGUCAGAAUACUUGAAUCACAGGAUGAGAACUAUCAGGGCAUUGUGCAGUACGCCGUGUCGCUGGUGGAUGCUCUGCUUUUCAUCCACUACCUGGCCAUUGUCCUGCUGGAGCUCCGGCAGCUCCAGCCGUGCUUCUCUGUGUGUGUCACUCGCUCCACAGAUGGCGAGAUAAGGCACUACAACCUGGGACAGCUCAGCAUUCAGCGGGCAGCUCUGGCCAUCUUAGAGCACUACUACUGUGACUUCCCAGUCAAUAACCCGGCGUUGCUUUCCGCCUCCAAGUCCCGUGCAGCCAAGCACCUGGCGGGCCUCAAGGUCUACAACGUGGAUGGUGAGUUCCCAGCAGCCUCCGUCGAGGGUCCUGGGAACAAUGCAGCAGCAGGACUGGCUCACUCCCAGUCCAGGGCCAUGAUUGCUGCCGCCGCACGCCGCAGAGACACCAGCCACAACGAGCUCUACUACGAGGAGGCUGAGCACGAGAGGCGCGUUCGCAAGCGCAAAGCACGCUUGGUGGUGGCGGUAGAGGAGGCGUUCACACAUAUCAAGCGCAUGCAGGAGGAGGAGCAGAAAAAGGCUCCAGGGGACGUGAUGGACCCUCGAGAGGCGGCGCAAGCCAUCUUCCCAUCCAUGGCUCGCGCCCUGCAGAAGUACCUGAGGACCACCAAGCAGCAGCACUGCCACAGCAUGGAGAGCAUCCAGCAGCACCUGGCCUUCUGCAUCACCAACAACAUGACGCCCAAGGCGUUCCUGGAGAGCUACCUGACGCCAGGUCCCACCCUGCAGUACAGCCGGGAUCAUUGGCGGGCCCGCCAGUGGACACUGAUCAGUGAGGCGUCCGUCACCAGCGGCCUUAAGGACGGCUCCAUCUUCCUGCUCAAGUGUGUGGACUUCAGCCUGGUGGUGACGACAAAGAAGAUUCCGUACAUCCAGAUGUCAGAGGAAUACGUUGACCCCAAGUCACACAAGUUUGUCCUGCGGCUACAGUCCGAAACCUCCGUGUAGGAAUCCAAACUUAAAAAAAAAAAAAAGUAUUCCUCUGCCUAUGUUGUCGCUCUCAAAAUGUUUUCACUUUGGGUUUGCAGUUUUAAUUUGUACUUUUUUUGGAUUUUUUAUAUAUUAUAUAUGAAUCUAUAUAUUACACUCAUGUUUGAAUAUAUUGAUCUUUUACAUUGGAUUUGGAUGGUUUCAAAAGAAAGAAUUGAGGCAGGAUUAUGCUCACGGUGGACUCUGACAUGGUUGUGUGCACGUACAGUAAGUGUGUAUGCACGCAUGUCAUUUUGUGUCAACACAAUCAAUCGAUCCUUUUCUGUUAUGAGAUGCUGGAGCCAAACAAGAUGGGAACAUUUAAGGAAAUCCCCCCAGAGGAUCUGUCUUUUAUUUCCAUGAGACAGACAGACAGACUGACCACUAAGGACUGCGAUGGUGUGACUCCGAUUUAGAAAUUUGAAUCCUCAUGGAAACACAUGACAGGUAUCCUGCCUGUGUUGCCAUUUCAUCUAUAUUUGAUGCUCUAUUGGGCAUGUUGGGUUGAGAAGCAAAUGGAUUUCUUUCCAUUUGAAAACCAAAUUAGAUGCAUUUAACAAAAAGACUUCUGAUUUCGCAUUAAAUGCACAUUUAUGUAUGUUUAUUAAUGAAAAAGAAUAUGCCUAAAAAGGUUGGAACAAAUGAUCUCAGCCUGCUCAAAAAGGAUGCUGGACUGUUUUCCCCUCCACAAUCUCCUCCACUCUUUCAGGACAUCUGUAGAGCUCCAGACAAACACUUUUCUUGACAGUUGGGAUGUCAAACUCUGACCCGCCUGAGGCCUACAGUAGCCCUCUUUGAGUGCAAAUUCUGGCAGCCAAAAUGGAUCGCUUUGAGAUGUUUAGGUGCAUGUUUUGUCUCCAGGUGAAAUGGAGCAAAAUCUGAAAUAUUUCCACUUCAUUUGGGAAUAACACACACAUGCCAUGUUAAACACCACAGUGAACUUGCAAUGAUCCGUAUCAUAGGAGACUCUCAGAGGUGGACGCAUGCCCAAAAACAUUUGCCCUGCCUCAUCAGUUCAGCAACCUUCUCAGGGCUUUCAUGUCCUCCAGCGAG